UUUCAGGGUGUUCUGCGUUCACCUUCUGCUUCUGCAAGCACUCUUCAGCGUCUCUCAAACGUUCCAGCACCCCUUUUCUGCUGCCGUCGCCUGCAAAACCCUGAAAGGAGAUAGCAAAGUUGAAAAAUCUUCAGCUACUGCGUCAUUGCAGCAAUGAAGGAAGAAGAAGUAAAUCGAUGUCAGAUUCAAGAAUGGUACCCAAAAUUUAAGUCAGUGUCAAUUAGAACCCUCAUUCAUGAGCUUCCUGAAUCUUUUGUCCAGUACCUGCUUGAUGAUUCUGGACCAUUUCUGCUCCCUGUUUCCAUCUCAAAUGAGGAUGCCUUGCCCAAUAGGAUUCAUAAUCCUGAAGAGGAAGAAGACUAUCAAGUGUCAGAAGGAUCUGGAGAUGAAGCAGAACCUUCAGUGCCCCCUUCUUUCCCCGAACUUGAGUUGAAGAUUAAGGAGUCGAUUGAAACCGUAGGAGGAGCAGUCUUUCCUAAGUUGAAUUGGAGUGCACCAAAGGACUCUGCAUGGAUAAGCACAUCUGGGACUCUCCGUUGUGCUACAUUCAGCGAGAUUGCUCUCUUGCUUCGGUCAUCUGACUCCUUAACCCAUGAUUUAUGCCAUGCAUAUGAUUCAUGCAGUGACAAAACCAUGUCAAGACCCCCAAAUUUCUUCCUUGCCCUUCGGAAGUGGUAUCCAUCUCUACGACCAGAAAUGGAAUUCCGUUGCUUUGUCCAGGGCCAGCACCUUGUUGGAGUUUCACAGCGGGAGGUCACUACAUUUUAUCCUGUUCUUUGUGAGAAGAAAAAUGAUCUUGAAAUGUUGAUUAAAGAAUUCUUCAAUGACAAGCUGAGGCUACAAUUUGAAUCAGAAGAUUACACAUUUGAUGUUUAUGUUACAAAGGAUGAGCGUGUCAAGUUGUUGGAUUUCAAUCCUUGGGGUGCAUUUACACUGCCUCUGCUGUUUACCUGGGAGGAAUUGGAGCAAAAACCGAGAGAAGGAGAUUGCUUGGACUUCAGAAUUGUAGAGAGCCAAUGUGCUGUUCGGCCAGGUUUGAAGACAGCGGUUCCAUAUGAUUACUUGGAUACUAGCCCCGGGAGCGGCUGGGACCAAUUCCUGAGAAAUGCUGAUGAAGAAUUGCAGCGACAAACCAGGUCUCCUGAAGCAGGAGCUUGAGGACAUUCAUUUUUGAGUUUUCGAUGUUGAUGUUGUAAUUGUCAUUCCUCCCAAGACAUGUAUCACCUAGUCAAAUGCAUGAUCCAGAACUUCUACUUUGUUAUUUGGGAACUGCAAAAUUUUGGGUUCUUAUUAUGAGCU